AUAAACCAACAAGAUCGACUAAGCCAACAAGAUCGACUAAGCCAACAAGAUCGACUAAGCCAACAAGAUCGACUAAGCCAACAAGAUCGACUAAGCCAACAAGAUCGACUAAACCAACAAGAUCGACUAAGCCAACAAGAUCGACUAAGCCAACAAGAUCGACUAAGCCAACAAGAUCGACUAAGCCAACAAGAUCGACUAAGCCAACAAGAUCGACUAAGCCAACAAGAUCGACUAAACCAACAAGAUCGACUAAGCCAACAAGAUCGACUAAGCCAACAAGAUCGACUAAACCAACAAGAUCGACUAAGCCAACAAGAU